CUUUACAUCGUAUAAAAGUCAAUGAGACGGUAAUGCUCUUCAGACUUCAUAGCUAAAAUACAAGAUGAAGACUUUCCUAUUCAUAUGUCUUUUACCAGCUGUUUUUGCUGACCCGCAGACAACAUUCCUCUCUAGAAUUGUCAACGGACAAGAUGCUGAACCUAAUGAAUUUCCAUGGCAGGUAUCGCUCCAGUACCGGUCUGAUACUACCCAGGAAUACAGUCACAUAUGUGGUGCCGUAGUGUUAGAUGCAAACAGAAUUUUAACAGCAGCUCAUUGUGUUGAACAUGAUCCAACAAUUUCAAAUUACGAAAUUGUUGUUGGGGGACACAGUCUUACUGAACAGAAUGGGAAUGAACAACGUAGGAAACUCAGCGACUUAAAGAUACACGCAUCUUACUCAAAUAGCGGCGGAUAUAACAAUGACAUUGCAGUUCUGAUACUUUCCAGUAGUUUGACGCUUAUAACUGACAUAGUGGAACGAGCUACACUUCCUUUAUCGGCGCAAACUUUUACCGGAAAGAACUGCUACAUUUCCGGAUGGGGAAGAACAGUUGCGAAUGGACCAUUACCAGACAUUCUGCAAAAAGCAGCUACAUCUGUAAUUACACACAGUGAUUGUCGCACUAGACUAGGUUUUACUGGAAUCUUGUACCUGAGCGCACAGGCUCACAUCUGUAUAUAUUCUGGAUCCAAUUCAGCUUGUAACGGCGACUCGGGAGGACCUCUUGUUUGUGACGUCAGUACAACCAAUACUGAAAAUUGGCAAUUAGCAGGUGUGACGUCUUGGGGAUUAACUGAUUGUCCAGUUGGCUCUCCGUCUGUUUACGUUCGAAUCAGCAGCUAUAUUGACUGGAUUAGUAUGCAGUAAAUGUUAUU